AUAAAACAAUUGGGUGACACACUAAUUGGAAGCUGUGACCUAAAAACCCACUUCUGGGAAUUUACCUGUGAUGGAAGAAACAAACAAGGAAAGGGGAAAAAGCCAAAUGCAGGACGCCUGAAUAUAUUCCAAAACUGAACGAUUUGGGCAGAGCCGAAGCAUUCUGUCUUCCCAGAGGCCCCAGGCGAGGCCAGUGCACUCAUCAUGGUGAAGGCUGGCUGCUGGCUGCUGGCUCUUUUUGUGGCCACUUGGAUUGACACUGGCCUCUGCAAGAAGCGACCAAAACCAGGAGGAGGGUGGAACAGUGGGGGCAGCCGUUACCCAUCCCACGGCGGGGGGACUUGGGGCCAGCCCCAUGGUGGUGGGUGGGGCCAGCCCCAUGGCGGUGGGUGGGGCCAGCCCCAUGGUGGUGGCUGGGGACAGCCCCAUGGUGGUGGCUGGGGUCAUGGAGGUGGCACCUACAGUCAGUGGAACAAACCCAGCAAGCCCAAAACCAACAUGAAGCAUGUGGCAGGUGCCGCGGCAGCCGGGGCAGUGGUAGGGGGUCUGGGCGGCUACAUGCUGGGGAGCGCCAUGAGCAGGCCCCUCAUCCACUUCGGCAAUGACUAUGAGGACCGCUACUACCGCGAGAACAUGUACCGUUACCCCAACCAAGUGUACUACAAGCCUGUGGAUCAGUACAGCAACCAGAACAACUUUGUGCAGGACUGUGUCAAUAUCACAAUCAAGCAGCACACAGUCACCACCACCACCAAAGGGGAGAAUUUCACCGAGACCGACGUGAAGAUAAUGGAGCGUGUGCUGCAGCAGAUGUGCACCACGCAGUACCAGAAGGAGUCCCAGGCUUACUACUACCACGGAAGGGCCGGCGUGGUGCUCUUCUCCUCCCCACCAGUGAUCCUCCUCAUCUCCUUCCUCAUUUUCCUGAUAGUGGGAUGAGGAAGGCUUCCUGUUGGCACCAUCCUCUUCAUCUUGGUCCAGGUUGGGGGAGGGGUAUCCAGCGGCAGCCCUUUUAGUGGUAGCAUCUCAUUCUUGCUUCUCUCUUUGUCCCCCAUUGGCUAAUACCCUUGGCACCAAAGGGCACUGGAAACUGCAGGGUAGACCCAGAUGCCAUUUAUCCAUGGCCCCUUGGAGCCCUUUAUGGGCCAGUGCAGGCUGGUACAAGUAUAACAGCAAAUAAUCAGCAGUGACUGUAGGUUUAUUUUUGGUCUAAUGCACCAGGACGAGGCAGAAGCAGACCCCAGUUUUCACCUUCGCCUGAACCUCUGUGGCUCCUUAAGCAGCUGGAGCUCAGGACACGAAUGUCCCAGCUUAGCAGUGAUUUUUACAGCAGUUUGGAAAUUUUUUCUCUUCCACUUUAAGAAAACCUGACAGCAUGUCUGCCAAAUUAAAAAAAAAAAAAAAAAAAAGCCACAUGGUACUCAUUCAAAAAACAGAAAAGCAAAGAAUAGAAAUCCUUCCUGCUUGGGCUGCAAGCUCAGCCUGCGGAGCGCGUGUCCUGUGUCUGCAGAGAACCUUUGCCCGGGGGGCUGCACAGCAGUUACCGAAUCAAGAAAAAAAUGAUUGUGCGGCCCUCAGCCUCUAAGCGGAGCACACAGUCACAGAAGGUGAGUGUGACAGUGCCACAGACAGAAGGUUUGUGGGACUGAAGAUGGGAGCGUUGCCCUUGAAAACCACCUCCUGUUUGGGAUGGGUAAAGCAUCCACACAUGGCACCCUUACCUUCUGCACACUGAGGACAGAGCUUCUUUGUUCAUUCACUGGAAACUGGAAUGGUUUUAGCCUUGUUUGGGAGGAGUCAAGAGACAAUUCCAGGGAAGGCUGCGGUUGCAAAGCACAGGCCUCGAGGAUCAUGCAACUAGAGCGUCAGCAUGCAGCCAGGGAUGCUCAUGUGUCUGCACUUAUGUCUCAGAGUUGUGCAAAACCAGAGUUAGGUUGAGUCCUUAGUUCCUAUAAUUUGCUUUUAAAUCAAAGAACAAGGAGACAAUCUAAAAGAUAAAUUGCAGAUGACAGAAAUAUGAUCCAUUCCAAGUGGAAGAAGAAAUCCUAUUACUGUUGUUGAAUUAAGGUCAGCUCUUCACUAAAUUGUUCAAUACUGUCAUCUAGCAAUUAUCUGUUACUAUUCCGCAAUGUUAUUGGCUUGCAAUACAUGAGUAUUCUAUGUAAAACAUAUAUAUAUAUAUAAAAAAAUACAUAUUGCAUAUGGCAAACUUAGAGGUUUUGUUUAGAGCAGUAACAUCUAAAGUGUCUAAUGCAUUAGCCGUUUUGUAAGGCAUUAAAUAACCUGAAAUGUGGGAACCCUUUUGCGUGGCCCUCGGCUUACAAUGUGCACUGAAUAGUUUUGUAUAAGAAUCCAAAGUGGACACCACUAACUGGUCUUUGAAAUAUGCAUGUACUUUAUAUUUUCUAUAUUUGUAACUUUGCAUGUACUUCUUUUGUUGUAUAAGAAGUUUGUAAAUGUUUACUAUCUGACAAAUUAAACCGAACUAAAAUGACCACA